GAGUCGAAAGGAGCUCUCUUUCCCUGGGCCUCCUUUCCUGUGGCAGGCGCGGAGCGCUCCGUUCAGAGCGAGGCUUCGGGGUCGAAGUAUGCGCGUGAAAGGGGCGCGCGGAGGCUGUGGCUGCUGCUGCUUCGACUCCUCCGACCAUGCAAUGGCAGUCCUUAGUCUUGGCGCUGCUGGCGCUGCGGCUGGCCGGGCAGGCCCUUCUCUGGCUGGCGGGCCCCAGCCUGGGCUUCUACCAGCAGCGCUUCCGGGCUUUCUCGUGCGGCGGCGGCGGCGGCGGCAGCAGCCUGGCCAAGGAGAGCACCUCCCCGAACUCGCGGUGCCUCAAGCGCGGCUUGGUGGCCCCGCACUGGGCCUCUUUCCUGGGACGAGCUUGGGGAGGCGGUAAUGGCGCCUCCGCCGGCGGAGGAGGAGGAGGAGGAGGGUUCAGCUCCUCUGGCGAAAGCGGCGGCGGGGAAGGCGGCCGUGACUACGACUACGAACAGCGCUAUAGCCGGGCUUUCCCUCCUCAGCUCCGCGCCCAGCUCCGCGACGCCGCCCGCAGCAUGUUCGUCUUCGGCUACGACAACUACAUGGAGUACGCCUUUCCUCAGGACGAGCUGAACCCCAUCGAGUGCCGCGGGAGGGGGCCCGACCGAGCCGACCCUUCAAAUCUGAAUAUCAAUGAUGUCCUGGGAAACUACUCGCUUACUCUGAUCGAUGCAUUGGAUACCCUAGCAGUAAUGGGAAAUUCUUCAGAAUUCCAUAAAGCGGUGAAACUAGUAAUUGACACAGUAUCAUUUGACACUGAUUCAACUGUUCAAGUCUUUGAGGCAACAAUUAGAGUUUUAGGAAGUUUGCUUUCAUCCCACAUAAUAAUCACAGAUGCCAGGCAGCCUUUUGGUGAUAUGAGUAUUAAGGGCUAUGAUAAUGAACUCUUGCAUAUGGCUCAUGACCUAGCAGUAAGGCUCUUACCUGCUUUUGAAAACACCAAAACUGGAAUUCCUUAUCCUCGGGUAAAUCUAAGAACGGGAGUUCCUUCCGGAAGCAAUAAUGAGACUUGCACUGCAGGAGCUGGAUCAUUACUGGUGGAAUUCGGAAUUCUGAGUCGGCUUCUUGGAGAUUCAACUUUUGAAUGGGUUGCUCGCCGAGCUGUGAAAGCGCUCUGGAAUUUAAGGAGUAAUGACACUGGAUUAUUAGGUAAUGUAGUGAACAUACAGACUGGUCACUGGGUUGGAAAGCAGAGCGGUUUGGGAGCAGGAUUAGACUCUUUCUAUGAGUAUCUUUUAAAAUCCUACAUCCUUUUUGGAGAAAAAGAAGACCUUGAUAUGUUCAAUGAUGCUUAUCGGAGUAUUCAGAACUACCUAAGGCGAGGACGAGAAGCCUGUAAUGAAGGUGAAGGGGACCCACCACUCUAUGUUAAUGUAAAUAUGUUCAGUGGGCAGUUAAUGAACACCUGGAUUGAUUCUCUUCAAGCUUUUUUCCCUGGGCUUCAGGUUCUAAUAGGCGAUGUGGAAGAUGCCAUUUGCCUCCAUGCAUUUUAUUAUGCAAUAUGGAAACGGUAUGGAGCUCUUCCAGAGAGGUACAACUGGCAAUUACAGACACCUGAUGUCCUUUUUUACCCCUUAAGACCAGAGUUAGUAGAAUCUACAUACCUUCUUUAUCAGGCCACAAAGAAUCCUUUUUAUCUUCAUGUAGGAAUGGACAUUCUUCAGAGUCUGGAGAAACAUACAAAAGCAAAAUGUGGUUAUGCUACUCUUCACCAUGUCAUAGAGAAGUCCAAAGAAGAUCGAAUGGAAAGCUUUUUUCUCAGUGAAACAUGUAAAUAUUUGUAUUUGCUAUUUGAUGAAGAAAACCCUGUGCACAAAUCAGGCAAUAGGUACAUGUUUACUACGGAAGGUCACAUUGUUUCACUGGAUAAGCGCCUUCGUGUUCCAUUGUGGCAAGAUACUUUCCCAGAAGCGCAGAAGAAAUCUGAAAAACUAAAGCCUAAUGAGCUACGAACAAUUAACUCUACUUCUAAUUGCAACAGAGUACCCGAUGAGAGGAGAUACCUGCUACCUUUGAAGAGCAUUUAUAUGAGACAGAUUGAUCAGAUGGUGGGCUUGAUAUGAACAACUUUUCUUGCGGAGUAAUCCUUUAAACAUGCAGGGGAACGUCCUGUUCUAAAAAUGAUGCUCCUCUUGAGCUACAUAGCUUGGAGCAGGUGCAAGAGCCCAAGUAGCCACUCAUUUUAAUGAAGGAUUAAGUUUUAUGUUGAAAAAAGUGAUCUGAUGUUAGACCGCAGUUGUAACUGAAGCGGAGUCUAAAGUGGCACAUUCAGUAUAAUGUGAGCCAAAUUCUUAUUUGUGAAAGUUCAAUCUUUAUAUUGCUGAGGAAGACUUGAUAGUCUGAAAUUGCUUUAAAAAGGAGUGCAAAUGGCUUGCUUUGCCACCAUCUCUUACUUUGUGUCUGAAAUGAGAUAAAGAAUUUAGAAUUUUAAAUAUGCUUCUUUAAAAGGUAGGAAGAGGGUUGUGGAGGAGAGAAAAGGGAACAUGCAAUCUCUCUCACCAAGCUUGAUUGCCUCUUUCACCAGCAAUAAACAGUACAAAUUAUUGCUCAGGUAGGAAAAUGUCAGUAGGUUCUGGUUUACUCAAAAUGGCUUCCUGAAAAUGACAUGGCUUGUAAUACCAGUUAAAGUAUGGCAUCACUAUGUGGGGGCUAACAUCUAGAACAAUAUUGAAAAAAGUGUUCCUAAUUUGAAUUGAACAUUCAAGGAUGUAUAUAGAGUUUACUAAUUUUGGAAACCAGCGAUUUUUAAAAAGGUGCCUUCUGGUAGGUGAAAAUGCACAAAACCACUCAUCUCACUGACUUGAUGACCUUGCAUUGCUGAUUUUGAACACAUUCACAACAUUCUUCUGUUUGUAUUUAUCUUCUUAUUUGUGCCUCUCUGGGAGAUCUUCCUGAACUAAUACAGGAUCCAAGUAUUUACA